AUGACCUUCCAUUUUAUUGUCAUGUUUCAAAAUGUUCUUAUAUUAGCACCACAGUUCCAUUACCGACUAAAGAUAAUCAACAAUCCAUCUACAGAUGUUAGGAAGUUCUUGUGGAAUAUGUUCUUCGCUUUCAGUUUAUCUGCUUUUCAGUCGAUUUACUUGGCAGUAGCUAUGGUGGUUACUGUAGAGAAGGGCAAUCAGUAUUAUAUGGAUCAGUUUGAUCCUACAUGGCAUUCGGAAAGUGAUGGAGGGACUUUCAUUUACAUGAUAACAUUGGUAAGUGAAACAUAUUUAGGUUUCGAGUAAUUCAUUUUAAAAAUUAGUGUAAUUUACGAUCAGUUUUAUAAGAAAUAUUCUUGUAUUAAGAUAUUUACAGACUUUGUUUUGUUAUAUAUUCAGUAUGUGUUCAAAAGAACGCAUAAAUUAAAAUUAACGAUUAAGAGGAAUGUGGGGAGGAUUGGGGGAUCUUGCGACCUAGUAAAGCCGCUGAGUCAAUUGGGGGUUUCUAGAUAAUAAUAAACUUAGUAUAAAUCAACAAUAUUUAUACACGAGCGAGAACACAAUAUAUAAAACCAAUAAAACCCUGUAAAUAAAGUACAGUAGCUGGAUCCGUGGAGAGGUGUACACCGGUGUUUAGAGCUGGGGGUCGACCUGGAAUGGGCGAAGAGCCGGGCUUAUAUAGGGCUGGACUAGAAUAGUUAAUUGGGUGUUCGGCCGCUGAUCGUGUUCUAGAAAUAGUAACAUGAAUACGUAAGUAAGCUGCCUCUCUUGAUAUAGCACGGUCCCUCACUUUACUCGAUAGUUUCCCUCGAGGUGAGUCAGGGUUUGUGACCGAACCAUCAGUUAAAGUGAGCGGUUGUCAUACAACGAUUGACGUGAUUUACGCGUGCGUCGUUUCGGCCAUCGCCCGAAACGUACUUUUGCUUUUAGUUAAUUUUACUAAAACAUUCCCUCCAGGAAUGUUACUUUAAGAAAAAAGUUUCACACAUUUGGUUUCGAAAUGUUUUUUCUUUUCCUCUUUUCGUCUCUUAGCUCUCACGUAUGUAUCAAACCAGUCAAAAGAAAAGAAAAGCAAACCUUUUUUGUGGACAAUAAGGAUGACUGAUCAGCUUUGCGCAGAGGCGAUAACGUGACCAAUGAGGCCUAGCCGAGAUGCGUUUAUUGCUGGUUGAAAACUUCUACCAAUUGCCCGCCACGUCGCCUGCCUCGAGCGGCGGCGUCGGCAAUUUUUGGACGGCCUUCGGGGCCAAAUAUCCUUUAUACAGUAAUGGCUGAUUACUGUAUUUAUUUUUACUAUACGAUAACAGUAUAAUGUUUUUAGCUUUAAUAGUAGUGAUUUUUGAUUACUUAUCAGUAACUAAUUUAUAAAAUACGUUCGAAACAUACUUUAACAUUGUAUUUCAGUACAACCCAGUCACCAUAUCGUUUGUACCAAUAUGUGUGGUGAUAAUGACCGCUGCUCACUUACUAGCGUUCUACUAUGUUCUACUCAAUUAUUUACAAGCGAAUGCGGGAGCAGCAUUGGUAACGGCCAAAACCAAGAACUUACAGCGCCAAUUCACGAGGAAUCUAGUGGCACAGGUGAGAUUAUCUUCUAACUUCCUUGAAGUACGUUAUUUUCGUUUUUAUGUACUUAAUCACACGAACUUUGGUCUGUUGUGAUAACUUUAUAUACUGAUUAAAAAUUAAGUAUGAGUAAUGAAAGUAGUAUAUACAAUUAUGUAUAAGUAAACUCUAUUCAGCUGUUUAAUUUGCAUAAAACAUUCCAAUAACUUUGUAUAUGACAUUACAUUUUACGUUACAUUUCAGACAGUAACUGCUCUAGUCUGUGGCACCUGCCCUCUGUUAAUUCUGUUAGCAUCAAUAGUACUCGGCUUCAACUUUAAGUACACUGGUGCUUGUAUAACUACUCCUUUGUCAUGGCAUCCUACUCUCAAUGCUUGUUUGUCACUCCUACUAGUGACCCCUUACCGGCGUACUUUGGUUGAGCGUUUACUCUGUAGGAAACAGAAAGUCGCUGUCAAUAGUAGUGCUUUUACUGUGUCUGUGGUUACGCGAUCACACAGUAUAGCUCGACAAAGUAUAUUUUAG